CCCCCCACCAUUGUUUUAUGAAAAGUAGUUCAGUAGCUACGUUACGUUACGUUCUCGUACGAAUAUUUCUUUUGCAUUCCUCAACAACAAUAGAAACAGCUAUAUUGACAAGGAUAAAGAUACAUAUAUGGAUAUAUCAAAAUGAAAUAAAAGAAAGUCUCAUCCCUCCAAAAGCACUCGAUUCCUCUCUUCCUGCAUGAAAGGAAGUAAGUAAGGGAAACGUAUCCACGUACUGAAGAGACUUGGACAGAAGUUCUUUACUCUUUGAACCAUCAGGUCUACCGGCGCAGUCUCUACUUGAGACCUGUGAGCCCUGACCCGCUGUUAACCUGAGAGCUUCCCGCAGCCAGAAUCAGCAAGAUGGAGGAGGAGGCCAGGUGCUUCCUGGGGAGGUUUGUGCAAGAGUUCCCAGCUGCUCUGGAGGAAGGCAGUCUGCUGCCUGUCAGACCCAUGAGCUGCAAAGUGUCCCUGGAGGAGCUGCAUGGAGAGUGUCUGGAGCUGGGCCUGAGGCUGCUUGCUGUCAGGGGUGCUCCUGCAGGCCUCAGUGCCCUCUUGUGCCAGACAGCACUGUCCCAACUGCUGCAGAACGACCUUUUACCUUUCCACUGCCCCAACGAAGCUGAUGACAACCAGGAAGAGGAAAAGCAAGUAGUCAUGCUUCAGUCAGAGGCAGUCCAACGUCUCUUCCUCAACAAGCUGAUAGAUGGGGCGCUGGCAUGGCAUCAGAACUUCCCCAAGCUUUCACCCUCCCCCUCCCGGUUCCUCCUCUGCUCUGUUCAUGCCAUCAAGAACACAAGAAGGAAGAUGGAGGACAAACACUUGGCCCUGGCUGAGUUUAACCAGCUCUUUGGAAUCCAGGAUGGAGUCGAGUGUGCCUACUACGCUUUGUUUGAUGGUCAUGGAGGGGUGGAUGCUGCCACAUUUGCUGCCACACACCUCCAUGUUUCUCUGAGUAAACAGGAGGCACUGCGGAGUGACACAGCCACAGCCUUUAAAACCGCUUUCAAACACACUGAUGAUAUUUUCAAGAGCAAAGCAAAGAGAGAGCGUCUCCGGAGUGGCACAACGGCUGUGGCGGUGUUGAUUCAAGGACAGGAGCUGACUGUGGCCUGGUUGGGAGACUCUCAAGCAAUGCUGGUCAGAAAGGGACAAGCUGUUACACUCAUGGAUCCCCAUAAACCAGACAGAGAGGAUGAGAAACGGAGAAUUGAGGAUCUUGGUGGCUGUAUCACCUUCAUGGGUUGUUGGCGUGUUAAUGGCACCUAUGCUGUAUCCAGAGCCAUUGGUGACUUUGACCAGAAGCCCUAUGUGUCUGGAGAUGCCGACUGCUCAACAACCCAGCUGUGCGGGGACGAGGACUAUGUGCUGCUGGCGUGCGAUGGCUUUUUUGAUGCAGUCAAACCUUCGGAGGUCCCUCAUAUGGUCUUGGAUGCACUCCAUCUGUCUUGUGACCCCAAGGGCAGGGCAGACACUCUGCUGGAACAGUCUGAGGACACUGCUGGACUGAGCGUUGCUCAACAGUUGGUAGGUCAUGCUAAGGCAGCCGGUUCUAGUGAUAACAUCACAGUGAUGCUGGUGUUUCUGCGUCCACCGCAGCAGCUGCUGGCUCAAAACGCCAGCACAGGACCUGCACAAGCUACUCAGGACUUCUCACAAGAUGCACCACAGCAGUAAAGAAGGAGGUUUG